AUGGCGCUGCCAGAGCUGGCCCUGACAUUCUUCCUGGCCCUUGCUCCUCUGCUGCUGGCACGGGGACAGACGCACCACGGUCCUGUGACUCCAUGGGUACGUCAGGAAGCAGGAAAAUGUAAAAUUCCCUCCAACUGGGACACCAAACUGCGGUUUGCUCCAUGGAGGAGCAACUAUGCCUUGAACGAAGUGGUGCAGCUCAGCUGUGUUGGGGAGUUUGCACCAUCUGUCCCACAGAUUCAAUGCAUUUCCAGAGGGGCCGAGAUCCUGUGGAAUGAGACUCCCACCUGCAAGGAAACAUGCCAAAAACCCCACUGGGACUCCAGACUCCAGCUGGCACCAGACCAGGAGAGUUACAGGAAGAAUGAAGAAGUGAUUCUGAGCUGUCCCAAGGGUUUCCAGCCACCCUUCACCCAAGUCAAAUGCACAGGAAAAGUUCUGUCUGUUAUCAAUGGAAAACCUAUACACAGAGAAGCUUGGACUGGAAAGGACAGCAGAGGCAAUGUGAUCAUCAUUCAGCCCAGGUUCAGGGUACAGUGCCUUGAUGUCCUCCAGGUUGUCCCUGAGACCCUGGAGGUUUCCAGCACCAGCAUCAAACUGAACUGGACCUGCAGGUUCCCUCGUAUGUGCCAGAAUAUUCGGGCCAGGUGCCAGCUGGAGCAGCAUUCCUCCUCAAACUGUGAGGCUGAGGAUGUGAAGGUAGAGGAGAUAAUGCAAGGCUGGGAGGGAACUUUCACCUGCUCCCCUCUGCAGCCCUUCACUGUCUACAGUGUCACCAUCUCCCUGCUGCCUAGCACAAUCCUGUACACACGGCUCAUCACGACAAAGGAAAUGGUGCCAGACAAGCCAGAGGAGCUGGAGGUGGAUUCCAAAACGGGGUCCCUCACGUGGAAGGCACUGCCCUCCUGCAAAGGCAAGAUCAUUGGAUACCAGCUGAACAUCACCACCAUGAGAGCAGAGGAUGGCAGCUUCGUUGAAUUCAGUCAGGUGUUGGUGAACCAGUCUGUCUCUGAGUAUGUGCCACCUCAUCAGACAGCUGGCAACAAAUACCUGGUGACAGUACAGGGCCUGACGGCCGCUGGGGCUGGGCCUGCAUCACAACUGGAAUUCCAAACUUACAUCCAGGGGCAGCCUAUGGGCCCUUGGCCUGGGUCAGCAGUCACUGUAGUGGUGGUGGUAGUGCUGUUGAUCCCCUUGUCUGCCGGGAUCAUCUGGUUCAUGCUGUUCAGAAAAAAGAAGGCCUUGCCCAGCAAAGCUAAGGAGGAUCAGUACACAGAGCUCCAGCCCUAUGAGAAUAUACAGGGGGAUUACUCCGUGAUCGAGACUUUUCCUGAGAAGGAUGCAGUCCUGAAGACAGAGCUGUCACAGUUUUUUGCCUCAGCGUUAUUUCUCUCCCCUGUCAAACCUGCCAAUACCCAGUGCAGCCUGGAGGUUGAGGGGCAGCUGAAGGCUCUCCUUGUGGAGGACUACACUGUCAAAACAUAG